UUCAAGAUGAAAUAAUGUUAUACUAUUUUUAACAGAUGGCAACCCUUCAUAUGAUGGUGAUUUUAUAUUACCGAAUAUAUUAACCGAAUGCAUUUUUUUACAUUCUUGCAAGCCUUUAAUACGAAAACUAUAUAAAAAUUUUUUAUAUGUGUAGUUUUAAGUGCAGAUACUCUAUAAGUUAUUGCCCAUAGUUACUAGUUGAUCCUCCAACGCCUGUGGAGGUACUCUUAGAUCCUGGUGGUAGUAGUGGUCGUCACUAAUCCUUCAUAAUAGUCUGUGUGUUAUGAGUUGUGUUAUUGGUUAGUUUAACAGUUCAUUUAGAUAAACAUUCAAAAUUUAUAUUGUCGAUCAAAUCUAUCCGUCUAAAAGCAAACAUUUAUUAUAAUGGCAGACAAUCAUCUCAAUUCACCAGGAAAUGUAAAAAAUAAAAGUUGUCAGAUGCUUACAAAGCCAAAACAAUCAAUUGUAAUUAAAUUAUACCUGAAAAAGAAAAAAGAUAAUCCAAAACAACCAUAUCACAAAAUUAUUAAUGAUAUAGCUCGUGAAUUGAGUCUACCAAUAUUUAUAGUCCAAAAAACAUUAUGUAAUAAUAAAAAAAUUGGUAAUAUUUCUUCAGUAAAAAAUGUAAAUAAUCUACAAACUAUUCAUAACAAGUUAAGUGAGCAGGACAAGAUAUCUAUUAGACAAGUUGUUCAUUCAUUUUAUAUGGAUCAAAAAUUGCCAACUAUUGAUAAAGUGUACAAUAUUGUUAAUAGUAAUAAUGAAUUACCAUGCUUUAAACGAUCUUCUUUUUACCUUUUGUUGAAACGUUUGCACUUUCGAUUAACUAAAAUGAAAAAGAAUAGUUCAGUGUUAACAGAAAAAAAUAGAAUGAUUCUUUUGCGUAGGAAUUAUUUAGAAAAUAUUAAAAAUUUUCGUAAUGAUGGACGUACUAUCUAUUAUUUAGAUGAAACUUGUAUUGAUUUAGAAGAAAAAAGCUAUGUUUGUCGAACACCUGCUGAAGUCCCUAACAAAAUAUUGAUUUUGCUACAUAUCUGUAGUAGUAAAGGAUUUAUCCCUAAUGGUUUACUAUGUGUUGAAUCGACCACAGCUUUGCCAAGCAUUUCCCAAGAAAUGUUUAUUGAAUGGUUUGAAAAUAUAUUAACUAUGUUGGAUAACAAUUGUGUUAUCGUGAUGGAUCAAGCAUCUUGUCACUCGGCUAAGUUUGAUCGAAUUCCAAAUGCAGGUUGGAAAAAAGAAGAUAUUCUUAGCUGGAUGGUAGAAAAACAAUUACCUUUUAAACAUACUAUGAUCAAAGCUGAAUUAUUAGAUAUAAUUAUUAAGAACCGGGAUAAAUUUGAUAAAUUCAUUAUAGAUGAAACAGCUAGGAGGCGGUACAAAAAAGUUUUAAGACUCCCUUUAUAUCAUAAUCAAAUGAAUUUAAUGGAAUAUGCUUGGUCUAUGGUAAAAAAUAGUAUUCGUUACAAUACAAUAUCAAAAGAUAUUUAUUAUUUAGUCACAGCAGGAUUGAAUUCAAUGACUACAAAAAAAUGGAAUAAAUGUUUAGAAGAAGUUAUUAAAAAAGAAAACGAAUUUUGGAAUUUGGAUGACAUUAUGGAUCAAGUAUUGGAUGACAUAGAUGUAGUUACAGAUUACAAUGAAUCAUCAAAUUGUACUGAAUCAUCUGAUAAUGAAGAUACUUAAGAGGUGGUUAAAUUGGUUUUUUUUCGGUUUAUAGCUUAAGUAUAGUAUUUAUAUAUUAUUAUUUUAAUUAUAACGUUCUAUUAGAUAAAAAUUAUUCAUUAGCUAAAUAAUCAAUUUUGUUUUUUUAUUUUUAAUAUAAAAAC